CACCAAAGUGAAUCUGGGAAAAACAAGGACAUAGUCCAAUUUGCGGUAGAAACACCUUCUGUAUUUUAAAAUGUAUUUGCCAUUAUUUCAGCAAACACCUCUGAGUGUAUUCGUGUUUGAAAACGUCGAGAAUGCAGAGGAACUGCAUCAAGAACUCAUUGGACAAAAUCCUGCUUACGAUUAUGCCUUUAUUGACGCUUCUAGUAUUGUAUCUGUAAAGCAAAUUUAUAGUGCUGCUAUGCGUGCUCUGCAAGCUCAGUCGGACGGACAGAUGAAAUCAAAAACGCUGCACAUGGAAGUAAUUUUAUCGCUCUGUCCUAAAACAGAGAUAUCAACAGCCCUAAGACAAUUCGGAAUGACCAAAAAGUCCAAAAAUAUUGUGGUUUUGGAAAUCAAUGGUGCUCCUUCAGAGGAAGAGGAACUUGCGCGUGUAGCAAAGAUAGUUCAAGGCAAACAACUACCUUUUUGUGAUGAGACUUUAAAAAAGCUAGCCGACAUGAAGCUGGUAAAGAAGUACUAUAAACUGGAUGCAGCCGCUAUGCAAAACCCGACGGCUGCAAUUCUAUCCGCCAUUGCUUUACGUGGCUACUCUUAGUUUCCUUUUUAAAGCUUAUUAUAAACAUUAUAAUUUAUGAUACAGUUUACUUUAUGCUUGAAGCAUUGCUUCUUCUGUUUCGUUCAUUUUAUUUCGUUGGUUUUGUAUUCAUCGCUUCCGUCCCAAUUAUGCUUAUUCGAUGUUCAUUUAAAACCAAGGUAUAAGAAUUAAAAGACAAAUAGAAAUAAAUAAUAACUACAGGGUACAUAGACUGUCUAUUUUUGGUUUGUUAUAUGGUUUUUAGUGUAAAUCUGAUUUAUACAAGAACCGCUUCCAAAUUUAAAAGUUCUUUUAAAAUAGAAUUUUUUUUAUUAUAUAUGUUAUAUCUACUGUUUACGCCCAUAAGGCUUAGUAUCGAACAACAUAAAUUUUCGCGCUCAC